AACAGAAUCCACGCCCUCCACCAGUUGUUCACCGCGCUGACUUGCACUAAGUCACUGACCAGGCCGCGGCAUGUUAGUUCCUCGACACAUCAUUGCUCAAAAAUAUGGCCACAGGGCGACGGUCAAGCAAAUUGCACGUUACUUGACUGGACCGGGAAACGUAAUUAAGCCUCGCUCGCAGCUGGCAUUUGCAUUUGACAUUGAUGGUGUUCUCAUUCGUGGAAAGAACCCUCUGCCUGCUGCUAGAGAGGCGUUGUCCAUCCUUGAUGGCAACAAUAAAUUCGGUCUCAAGAUACCCUUUAUUCUGCUUACCAACGGCGGCGGCGUAAGCGAAGAGGAACGAUGUCGCAAAUUGAGCUCGCAGCUUGACGCACAGAUUCAUCCCGACCAAUUUAUACAGGCUCACACUGUUCUGAAAUCUGUUGUACACAACUACGCUGACGUACCGGUCUUGGUCCUUGGAGGCAAGGGCGAUACCCUUCGAAGGGUCGCGGAAGGAUACGGCUUCCAGAAAGUCUAUACUACCCUCGAUAUUCUCGCUUGGAACCCAUCGAUAUGGCCUUUCCACGAUCUCACACAAGAAGAAAGAGCAUCUGCCAGGCCUACCGACUUCUCAAGGACCCAAUUUGGCGCCAUCUUCGUCUUCCAUGAUCCUAGAAAUUGGGCUCUCGACAUCCAAAUCAUGUGCGAUGUGAUCCAGGGUAUUAUUGGGGGUUCUCAUGAAUCCAAUCAUACACGAAAGCCUGUCGACCUAGUAUUUUGCAAUCCCGAUUUAAUAUGGCAGUCAGAUUUUGAGGCUCCCCGUAUGGGCCAAGGAGCAUUCAGAGUUGCCUUCCAGGCUGUUUUUGAGUCAUUGACAGGGUCCACUUAUCCUUAUGUCCAAUUUGGCAAACCAACUGAGGCAACGUACAAGUUCGCCGAGAUGAUGCUGAAGCAUCGCUUACAGGGUGCACCCAAACCUUCACUGUAUAUGGUUGGAGACAACCCAGAAUCUGAUAUAGCAGGUGCCAAUGCUGCAGGUUGGAAAUCAAUUUUAGUUCACACAGGUGUAUAUGAUCCCCGUCGUGGACCUCCAAAUCAUCAACCAACUCACCAAGCAGAGGAUGUUGCGGAGGCAGUUCGCUGGGCGUUAGAACAAGAACUCUGCUCGUAGAUGAUCGAUCUGGGUAUUCGCAUGAUUUGCACAACGCGGUAGAUGUGAUAUUCCUUGCACAUCAGCGUCGACACCAAGACGGUGUUACGUGCAGCGUUCUGUAGGGCCAGUGAGUAGUGGCAAUGAUCCCAUACAUGACUUAGACUAGAGACGUUCUAGGAUGGUCUAGAAAACCCCUGCAAUUAUGUCUGAUCUGCUAUGCUGUAAGCAUGCUGCUUACGCUCAUACGAUUAACGCGUCAUACGUGUGAUCCGUGUUGAUUGCGUCAUACGCGUGAUCCGUGUUGAUUGGA